AUGCUACUUGGGUUUUGUUCUGUUGAUGGUUUUGUUUUUGGUUUAAUUUUUUUUUUCUUUUCCUUUUGCUUCCUAGCUCUUUUGUGCUUUUCAAGAUGAUAGGUAUCUGUACAUGGUAAUGGAGUACAUGCCUGGAGGAGACCUUGUAAACCUUAUGAGUAAUUAUGAUGUGCCUGAGAAAUGGGCCAAGUUCUAUACUGCUGAAGUUGUUCUUGCUCUGGAUGCAAUACACUCUAUGGGUUUAAUACACAGAGAUGUGAAGCCUGACAACAUGCUCUUGGAUAAACAUGGACAUCUAAAAUUAGCAGAUUUUGGCACAUGUAUGAAGAUGGACGAAACAGGCAUGGUGCAUUGUGAUACAGCAGUUGGAACACCUGAUUAUAUAUCACCUGAGGUUCUGAAAUCACAAGGGGGUGAUGGUUACUAUGGGCGAGAAUGUGAUUGGUGGUCUGUAGGUGUUUUCCUUUUUGAGAUGUUAGUGGGGGAUACUCCAUUUUAUGCAGAUUCCCUUGUAGGAACUUACAGCAAAAUCAUGGAUCAUAAGAAUUCACUGUGCUUCCCUGAAGAUGCAGAGAUUUCUAAGCAUGCGAAGAAUCUCAUCUGUGCCUUCUUAACCGACAGGGAGGUACGACUCGGGAGAAGUGGGGUAGAAGAAAUCAAACAGCAUCCUUUUUUUAAGAAUGAUCAAUGGAAUUGGGAUAACAUAAGAGAGACGGCAGCUCCCGUAGUACCUGAACUCAGCAGUGAUAUAGACAGCAGCAAUUUUGAUGACAUUGAAGAUGAUAAAGGAGAUGUAGAGACUUUCCCAAUUCCCAAAGCUUUUGUAGGGAAUCAGCUGCCUUUCAUAGGAUUUACCUACUAUAGAGAAAAUUUGUUAUUAAGUGACUCUCCAUCUUGUAGAGAAAAUGAUUCAGUACAAUCAAGGAAAAAUGAAGAAAGUCAAGAGAUUCAGAAAAAAGUAUAUACACUAGAAGAACAACUUACCAAUGAGAUACAAGCCAAAGAAGAGCUAGAGCAAAAGUGCAAAUCUAUUAAUACUCGCCUGGAGAAAACCACCAAGGAGUUAGAAGAGGAGAUUACCUUAAGGAAAAAUGUGGAAUCAGCAUUAAGACAGUUGGAAAGAGAAAAGGCACUUCUUCAGCACAAAAAUGCAGAGUAUCAGCGGAAAGCUGAUCAUGAGGCAGACAAGAAACGAAAUUUGGAAAAUGAUGUUAACAGCUUAAAAGAUCAACUUGAAGAUUUGAAAAAAAGAAAUCAGAACUCUCAAAUCUCCACUGAGAAAGUAAAUCAACUCCAGAGACAACUAGAUGAAACCAAUGCUUUGCUGCGAACAGAAUCUGAUACUGCAGCCCGGUUAAGAAAAACCCAGGCAGAAAGUUCAAAACAGAUUCAGCAGCUAGAAUCUAACAAUAGAGAUCUACAGGAUAAAAACUGCCUGCUGGAGACUGCCAAGUUAAAACUUGAAAAGGAAUUUAUCAAUCUUCAGUCAGCUCUGGAAUCUGAAAGGAGGGACCGGACCCACGGAUCGGAGAUCAUUAAUGAUUUACAGGGUAGAAUAUCUGGCCUAGAAGAAGAUUUAAAAACUGGCAAAAUAUUACUAGCAAAAGUAGAGCUGGAGAAGAGACAACUUCAGGAGAAGUUCACUGAUUUGGAAAAGGAAAAGAGCAACAUGGAAAUAGAUAUGACAUACCAAUUAAAAGUUAUACAACAGAGCUUAGAACAAGAGGAAGCUGAACACAAGACCACAAAAGCACGACUAGCAGAUAAAAAUAAGAUCUACGAGUCCAUUGAAGAAGCUAAAUCAGAAGCCAUGAAAGAAAUGGAGAAGAAGCUCUUGGAGGAAAGGUCUUUAAAACAGAAAGUGGAGAACCUAUUACUGGAAUCUGAGAAAAAAUGCUCUCUCCUGGACUGUGACCUCAAACAGUCACAGCAGAAAUUAAAUGAGCUCCUUAAACAGAAAGAUGUGCUAAAUGAGGAUGUUCGAAAUUUGACAUUAAAAAUAGAGCAAGAAGCUCAGAAACGCUGCCUUACACAAAAUGACCUGAAGAUGCAAACACAGCAAGUGAACACACUGAAGAUGUCAGAAAAGCAGUUAAAACAAGAGAAUAAUCAUCUCAUGGAAAUGAGAAUGAGCUUGGAAAAACAAAAUGCUGAACUUCGAAAAGAACGGCAGGAUGCAGAUGGGCAAAUGAAAGAGCUGCAAGAUCAACUUGAAGCAGAACAGUAUUUCUCAACCCUGUAUAAAACACAAGUUAGGGAACUUAAAGAAGAAAGUGAAGAAAAGACCAAACUUUGUAAAGAAUUACAGCAGAAGAAACAGGAAUUACAGGAUGAAAGGGACUCCUUGGCUGCCCAGCUGGAGAUCACCUUGACCAAGGCAGAUUCUGAGCAGCUGGCUCGUUCAAUUGCUGAAGAACAAUACUCUGAUUUGGAAAAAGAGAAAAUCAUGAAAGAGCUGGAGAUCAAAGAGAUGAUGGCUAGACACAAACAGGAACUUACUGAAAAAGAUGCUACUAUUGCAUCUCUUGAAGAAACAAAUAGGACACUAACUAGUGAUGUUGCUAAUCUUGCAAAUGAGAAGGAAGAAUUAAACAACAAAUUGAAAGAUGCUCAAGAGCAACUAUCCAGGCUGAAAGACGAAGAGAUAAGUGCCGCAGCUAUCAAAGCACAGUUUGAGAAGCAGCUGUUGACAGAGAGGACACUCAAGACUCAGGCUGUGAAUAAGUUGGCAGAGAUCAUGAAUCGAAAAGAACCUGUCAAGCGUGGAAGUGAUACAGAUGUGCGAAGGAAAGAGAAGGAGAAUAGAAAGCUACAUAUGGAGCUUAAAUCUGAACGCGAAAAAUUGACCCAGCAGAUGAUCAAGUAUCAGAAAGAACUGAAUGAAAUGCAGGCUCAAAUAGCUGAAGAGAGCCAGAUUCGAAUUGAACUGCAGAUGACACUGGACAGUAAGGACAGUGAUAUUGAGCAGCUGCGCUCCCAGCUCCAGGCCAUGCACAUUGGCUUGGACAGUUCCAGUGUAGGCAGUGGACCAGGGGACACCGAGGCAGAUGAUGGGUUUCCAGUUCAUUUCACUCAGUCACACACUACGGAAUCCAUGUCAUUCACGUACCAACGAUCCUCUACUUCCCUCAGUAUUGCCACUAAGCCUUCCGGUUCUCACAUGCUCCUUGACUCUGAUUCUGACUCAGAAGAAGAAUCUUUGCCUUACUUACCCAUUUCAUCGGAACCUAAUGGUACAGAAUCAAGAUUAGAAGGAUGGCUGUCUUUGCCUGUGCGAAACAACACCAAGAAAUUUGGAUGGGUUAAAAAGUAUGUGAUUGUAAGCAGUAAGAAGAUUCUUUUCUAUGACAGCGAACAAGAUAAAGAACAAUCUAAUCCUUACAUGGUUUUAGAUAUAGACAAGUUAUUUCAUGUCCGGCCAGUUACACAGACAGAUGUAUACAGAGCAGAUGCUAAAGAAAUUCCAAGGAUAUUCCAGAUUCUGUAUGCCAAUGAAGGAGAAAGUAAGAAGGAACAAGAAUUUCCAGUGGAGCCAGUGGGAGAAAAAUCUAAUUAUAUUUGCCACAAAGGGCAUGAGUUUAUUCCUACUCUUUAUCAUUUCCCAACCAACUGUGAGGCUUGUAUGAAGCCAUUGUGGCACAUGUUUAAACCCCCUCCUGCUUUAGAGUGCCGUCGCUGCCACAUUAAAUGUCACAAAGAUCACAUGGACAAAAAGGAGGAGAUUAUAGCACCUUGCAAAGUGUAUUAUGAUAUAUCAACGGCAAAGAAUCUAUUGUUACUAGCAAAUUCUACAGAAGAGCAACAGAAGUGGGUUAGUCGGUUGGUGAAAAAGAUACCUAAAAAGCCCCCAGCUCCAGACCCUUUUGCACGGUCAUCUCCCAGGACUUCAAUGAAGAUACAACAAAACCAGUCUAUCAGACGGCCAAGUCGACAACUUGCCCCAAACAAACCAAGAUUGCUUGAUUUGGCAUUUAAAGACUGGGAUUGGUCAUUUGAUGAUGUUGAUGGUGGUGAUGACGAUGUUUUUGAUUUCUGAAGAAAUGGCUAACUGCCUUCUGUGAAAGCAGUCAUUCAAGGUGAUCAUAUUCUUCCAGCUAAAACAAGACUGAAAUAUGAUGUCCCAAGGUUUAUUUAAAAACUGUAUUUUACCAAGAGACUGAUAGCACACAUACAUAUAUAUGUUCCUUUUUUCCUGUAAUAUAAAUUACAUAUUUGGGCAGGUUUUCUGGGCUCCUUUGAAACAAGUUGAACCAACAGUGAUUGAUUAGUAAAGUAAGGAUAUCAUGUGCAACUCUUCCAAACUUGUUUCCUAAUGCUCUCUUGGCAGUCCUCACACUACAUUGCACAGAAGGAAGAGUUAAAGAAAUCAUCUUCUCAGCUUCACCAGAGGAUUCACCAGCACAUUUACCAGAAGAAUCUGGGAAUGGAUUCCACUACAGUGACAUUGACUGCAUCUUAAAGAAGCGACCAUGAUACUGUGUGUGUCUAUUUAUAUCUACAUAUAUCCAUAUAUGGAGAUAUACAUGCACAUAUAGUACUGUAGUACUGCAAGAGGGUUUUUUAAACUUACCAUUUUAUUUUUUACACAUAUUAAUCAGAUAUCAUUACUUCAGUUGCAACUAUGCACUUGUAUAAAGCCAUAGUGUUGGAGUUGAUAUCACUCAUCCUUAUGUACUGAUGGGAGCUGCAUGUCCAUGUUUAAGCAGUUACUGUAACAAGAAGUUUUGAGUUAAUCAGAUCAGUUUCCUAAUGCAACUUUACCCAUUUUCAAUGCCUUAAUUUAAUUUUUUUCAAAGUCUCAACCCUUUUCUGCAUUUAAGGGAAGAAAAAAAAAACCCAACUGUUUACCAGCUAUUAGGAUACAAACUUGCUUUGUGGAAGAAAAAUAGUGCACUAUUUUUACACAUAAUAGGUAUAUCAUUGUCAGUCUAUUUUGAUUGUAUAACAAAUUUUUAAUGUAUUGGUCAUAGCAACGAUAAUGGAUAGAAUUGGAACUAAUGUGUCUUUGAUAAAUAUCUAUGAUCCACCUAUCCCUUUGACAGACCUCAGUCUUGGUCUGUGACUACAAAACAUUUGCUUUGUUUUGAAUAUGCUCGAUACCCUAGAUGUGUUUUUAUUUCUGGUGAAGACAUUUGUGACUAUUUUUACAUUUUCACACUCUUUCAAAAAUUAUCUCAAAUAUAAAGAAAACUAAAAUAUACCGUAGAUAUAUUUUAAAUAUUUAAAUGAUCCCGAAACACACAGCUAUGUAUGGCAAUAC